UCUGAGCUCCGAACAGUCGGCUCGCAGAAACGCAGCAGGAUGCCACGGGGAGCACUCCGACUCUCGGCGUCCGUUUCACCGUCUCCAGACGUCUCGCAUCGGUCACGGCCACUCUGAUGGGCGUUUUUGCCCCCUUCUUGUCGCCCUCGACGCUUGGACAUUUUCGGAAGCCGCGAAAUGAAGCGAAUGAACGUGAGCAACAAGAAGUGCAUCCUUGCUGUUGUGCCUGUCUCCAGCAUCACUAGUAGAGACCACUACUCUCUGUGGAUGCGGUGCCUCUGUGCUUUCACUAUUCUUAGUCCUUGUUUAGAGGAUUUAAUGUAGACUUGGACUACUUGUUUUCUUUUUUUUUUUACUAUUACUGUUGUCUUUUUCUCGAGGUUUUCCGUCUGUGAAACAAAAAGAUUUCAAGAUACAGAAACUCCGGAAAACCAGCGACCACCUCACUUGGCAUCUGGAAUAACCUUUCUUAGCGGUUAUUCGCCUCCACAAGCAUCUUCUUUCUCUGGGCCACGCUGGAAGUCGCCUCCCAUGUGGCCAUCGGGAGUGGGGAGCAGGCAGCCGUGCCCGCGGGAGUCGGCGCUGCGCAGGGCGGCCAUCAGCGGCAACAUCAACGCCCUGCCGCCGCACCAUGUUCCCACCGGCCGCAGCGUCCGGGUCUUCAUCUGCGCCAACCCCGAUGACACAGAAGCAGAGAGGAAUGCACUGAAAGAGCACGUCUACCCUAAACUGCGAGACUUCUGUAGGGAGAACUACGGGAUUGAAUUCCAGGUGGUGGACCUGUACUGGGGAGUUGAUCCAGAGGAGUGGGACAAUCCAGACCUGCAGAGACUCCGAAUGAAACUCCUGGAAGAAUGUCUGAAGACAUCAGCCGGGCCAUGCUUUGUUGGUCUGGUGGGUGAAAAGUACGGCAGCAUCCGAGUGCCAGGCGAGGUGGAGUCGGCGGAGUUUGAGAUGAUCCUGGACGCGGCUGUGGAGGCGGGGCUGGACACCCACAUUUUGGAGGAGUGGUACUGCAGGGAUGAAAACUCUGUGCCACCCGCAUACUACCUCAAACCCAAAGCCCAAAUGCUCAAGAACUACCAGAACUCUAUGGAGUCGAGCAGCGCAGCAAAGACCAAGAAUGACAAGGCCUGGAGGAAUGUGUCAGAGGAGAUCAAGAGGAUCUUCCGGACGGCGGUGCUGCAGCUGCAAGAGAAAGGAACCAUGAAGAGCGCGGACGCCAACAAAUUCCUUUGCUCUGCUUUGGAGGAUGAACUGGACUUUGCCCUCGGGAAACAAACACCCGCCUUCCUCAGGAAAUGCGUCUGCUACAUACGCAAGAUCUCUAACUUCGACCGCUUCGCCAAGCUCCCUGAGAUGACCCGCUACAUGGACAUCGUGGUGAGCGCCGACCGUGUCAUGCGCAACCAGGAGGCCUACGAGCGCCUCUUGAAAGUGCGCGACGAGUUCAUCCCCACCAUCGUGGCCGCCUCCAACCUCCGCGUCUACUCUUCGGUCACUCACUGCGACAUGAAGCUGGGCUACUCCCAGGAGGUGGAGAGCCACUACGUGGAAGGUCUCUGCAAGCAGUUCUACGAGGACAUGGUGGACAUCAUCCAGGCCACCGUGCAGCAGAACUUUGACACAGAGACCGACCCACUGUAUGAUGAGAUUUUGCAGCACCUGUCCCUGUGUAAGACCUACGCGACCCUCUAUAAGUACAAGUCAGAGACUCUGGAUUACGUGCAGGAGUACCUCAUGCCGUCUAAAGGGAGCAGGAUGAGCCCUCUGGUGGUGUACGGAGGGCCUUGCACCGGAAAGACGCUGCUGCUGUCCGAAGUGGCCAAGCAGGCUUACACAUGGCUUCAAAAAGAGAUGGGUCCAGAAACAGAUCCAGUGGUCAUCGUCCGAUUUAUUGGCUCCAGCCAGCUCUCCACUGAUCUACGAACUCUUCUCCAGAGCAUCUGUGAGCAGAUUGCAAUAAACUACCGCUGCCUGAUUCACUUCUUGCCUAACAAGAUUCAGGAGAUGAGGGAGCUUCUAAUCAACCUCCUUGGGGAGUCAUCCUUCCACAGGCCCCUGGUCAUUAUCCUGGAUGCCAUGGAGCAACUUUCUGAUGCUGACGAGGCGCGUAAGUUGUGGUGGCUUCCCGUACACCUGCCUCGCACCGUCCGCAUAGUUGUAUCAACACUGCCCAACAAACAUGGUAUUCUGCAGAAGCUGCGUCAUCUCAUUCAUGAUGAGACGUACUAUGUGGAGUUAAUACAGCGAGACCGAAAGGUCUGCAGCCAAAUGUUAAAACAGCAGCUGCUUGGGGUGAAGAGGAAAGUAACGUCAGGCCAACAGAUCUAUGUGAAUGAGGCACUUGCCAAGUGUACUUUGCCCAUGUUUGUCAACCUCAUCUACAGAGAAGUAGUUCAUUGGAGGUCUCACAAAGAUGUCGACGAUAAAUCCUUGUGCUCAACAGUACACGAAAGCAUUGAGCAACUCUUCUACUCUGUGGAGAACAAGCUAGGCCAACGAUUUGUCUUCAGGGCAUUAGGAUAUGUCACCAUGGCAAAGGCAGGGCUAACGGAGGUUGAGUUAGAAGACAUCCUAUCUCUUGAUAACAUUGUUCUUGGAGACGUCAUAGUACCAAGUUACCUUAAAAAUCCACUAAGGAUUUCCUACGACCUACUUGCUAAACUCAAAGAAGAGCUGGAAGGCUAUCUGGUUGAGCGGCAGGUAAGAAACGUCACACUUAUGGUCUGGGCCAACAGGCACCUACAUCUCAUCGCCCAGAAGCUCUACCUCAGCAAUGAGGAGGAUGUACAUCAAAUGCACAGCCUCUUGGCUGAGUACUUCCUUGGAGCAUGGUCAGGAGGCAGGAAGAAGAUCUUUACCUAUGACAAUAACCAUUUCACUUCCCUGAAUAUUUCACAUCACAAAAACCCUCAUCAUCAACAGUCACAUGAAAAAACAUCCUCUGAUAAAUACUCAUACGACAGACAGACUCCUGAACAGCCUUGGGUGUUCCAGUGCAACCUGCUGGAGCCUGACAUCUUCUUUGUCAAUCACAGAAAGAUGACAGAGCUGGUGUACCACCUGACCAGGAGUGGCCGGACAGACGAUCUCAUGUUUGGUGUCAUUAUGAACUUCAGCUGGCUUUACACAAUGAUCAAGAUUGGUCAGUUUGAUAAAGCUAUAACAGAUAUUGAUCUUGCUUACACUUGCAGCCAAGAAAAGGAGUUAAAAUUUCUGGCCACCACUCUCCGUAGCAUUAAGGUGAAAGUACUAAAGAAUCCUGCAUCACUGUCUGCAGAACUGCAGCAAAGGCUUCUGCCAGUUGUCACCUCCCUGCCUAAACUCAGACACCUUCUCCUGGAGUGUGACAAAGAUGGUCCCAAGUACUGCUCUAUUGUGCCUCUCCACUCCUCCAUGGACGUAACCUACAGUCCAGAGAGACUGCCUCUUUGCUCCAGCUACAUACAGAUUGUGGAGAUUUUACCCACUCUAGCCCCAAACAUAGUCCUUGUAGCACUGGAAGAUGGAUCUAUCAGCACCUGGGAUGUAGAAAGCAGGCAGCUCCUUCGGCAGAUUGACACAGCCAGAUCUGUUGUGCUGGGAAUCAGACUAACCACCGAUGAGAAGUACCUGGUGGUUGCCACAACCAAAAAUACUCUGCUCAUCUAUGAUAAUCACAAAUCCUGCCUCUUAUCAGAGGUUGAAAUUAAAGGGUCAAAGCACAGUGGUGUUGCUGGAGGAGUUGCUUUCAUAAACGGUUUUACUCUUUCUACCCACCAUGCACUUGCGUGGCUUGAGGCUAGUAAGGAUGUCAGUGUUAUUGACCUUGUGUACGGCUGGCCCCUCUACCAGUUCCAUUGCUGGUAUGAAGUAACCUGUGUCCAAUGCUCACCAGAUGGCAUGUACGCCUUUUGUGGCCAGUACCUGAACACAACAUCAGUCUUUCAUCUAGGAAAUGGAGAAAAGUUGUCCACUGUGACAUCAGAGUUCUCUGGGGGGUUUGUCAAGUCUAUCCUAGUACUGGACACUCUUAACCAAAUGGUAAUGAUUGACAAUGAGGGAAGUCUGUCAGUGUGGAACACCAAAGAGAUAACCAACCCGAAGCUGAUGGAGGAUUAUGAUUGCAGGGGAGAUGAAAGUGAAGUUGUGGGUAUUGAAUUAUCUGAAGAUCAGCGUUCCAUUCUCAUUUGUAAGGCCAGUAGUAUUGAGGUUCUGGAUACAAAAGUAUGGAAAAUGCUGGAGAAAUUCAAAGCUAAACGUAGUGAGCGAUUUGUUGCUGCUGUUCUCUCCAAAAAUGGACAAAGCAUUGUUGCCUCAAUGGAGAAUACUUCAUCUAUUUUUGUCUGGAGGAGAGACAGCGGGCAGUGCAUGGCCAGCCUGAUUGAGAUCUCAGGAGCUAUUGUGAAACUCAUCAAAUCAGCCCACCACAACCUGCUUCUUUCUGUAGCCAGCAGUGGCGUUUUGUCUGUCUGGGACAUUGAUAUAAUCACAGCCAUGUCUAACAUCGAUAAAACAGGCAAGAAGAUCCAGACGUUACAGCUGACUGGGCGAGAGGACUAUGUAUUCACCAUGGACGGCUCAGAGGCAGUCCACAAGUGGAACUUUAGCACCGGGUUUAUUGAGACGGUCUUCAAACACGAGGGCAUGGUGGAGAACUGUGUCCUAACCUCCUCAGGGGAUCUCAUGGUGACUUCGGACGACAAGUCCAGUCAGUAUAUCUGGCAAACCAACACCGGAGAAAACAUCUUCCGCAUAAACGGACAGAGAAUCUCACAGCUGCUGAUCACCCACAAUGACCAGUUUGUAGUUUCUCUCUGUGAGCAGAAUGCCUCAAGAGUCUGGAGACUGGCUACUGGGCACAAAGUCUGUAACAUUUUAGUCAGCCUCCAGAAUGCACUUAUCACUACAGCAAACACUUUUCUGGUGGGCACUUCCAAGAAUAAACUGCUUGCUGUGAGUCUGUGGUCAGGCAGCGUAUCCAAGAAAUUUGUCUGCGAUGAUGGCAUUACCAUUGUCAACUUCAAGCUCAUUCCAGACUGUCCAGAUUGUGCGGUCUUUAUCACGUCCACAGAAACGGUCUUCAUCUGGAGUGUGGCGGAUGAGUCAGUCUGCAGGAGAGUCCAGUUGCCGGCCAACUUCCUUAAAAAUCUCGAAGAUUUUCAAAUUUCACCCAAUGGAAAGUUAGGAAUAGUCUCCAAAGGUGAUGAGAACAUUAAUGUCCUGGAUCUUCACAGUGGAAAGCUAAGGCUUGUCCAUGCAGCCGGUAUUAUCUGGCGUCAGAAAUUAUCAAGAGAUGGCCGUUACCUUGUGUAUGUUUGUUUCCGCAACUGUGAUGAGGAUGAUGAGGCCGGGGUGGUGUCUAAUUUGAUCGUAAUGCGUCUUGCUGACGGCAAGAGCAUCGGCACAUGCUCACUUUACAAAACUCCCACCUUCCUGUCCCUGUCCCAACGUGCACUAAACAUCAUCAUCGGCUUUGAGGACGGUAGCAUUGGCACAUACACAGUUGUGGACCGCGUGGACGCCGCCCUUAAGAUAAAGAUAGCCACCUCCAACAGCCGACAGAUUGUCAACAAUGCUUCACAGAAGGUGCGCCCCAAAUGUGGCAACCAUUCAUUCAAGACUGUUGCCGACUGCAUCUGGAGGGAAUCGACGGAAGUCUUCUCAAGGGACAGCCCCAUUAACGUGUCGGACUCAGGAGAAGGGGAGUCGACCACACCUACAAAGAAGACUGAACUGCUGCAGUGAAAACUUGGGAGGAGUUAAGACAAGAGGGGGAUAGAACUAGGAAUCUCUGGGGUUGCAGUUGAUUCUUGUUUACAGCCACGUGAUUCAGCUGCAGAUGUCAGCCCUGUGGGUAGUUAUUGGGUUGACAAUUUUAACGCUGCACUCAAAUGAUGUAUUACUUACUUCCAACAUAUGAUACACUUUCUGUUAGUUUCAAACAUGAAGACUGUUAGAAAAUGUUCUGUUUCACAAAACAAAAAAGUAUAUUCUGUAUUAGUUUACCAUUAUGUGUCCUUUUGCAUUUGAAGAACAAAAUUCGUAUCAAAAUGUCUCGUUUAAGCAUUUUCCAAUCCAAUCCAGUGAUCUUUUGUAUCCACCUUUUUUAUUUUAUUUUCUUCAUAAACAUUAAGCCAUAAUGUUAUUCCUAAAAGCGUUUAUCCAUGUUUGUAUUAAUAUCAGGUGGUACUGUACAAAAAGGAUGAACAAAUGUACAAAACACAUCUCAUUUUGGCUGCUGCAAUUUGUGCAACUCCUUAAAAAUGUUACGUUGUGCUUAAUGCAAUCAAAGUGAGUGCCUGGAAAUAAAAAAAAAACAUGCUCAUCACGUGCAGAUCACAAAAUUAAUGAAAGUGCAGGGACUUUGUAAACAUAGUACACACACUGUUGUAUAUUAAUUGCAUCUGAUGCCGAUUCUACUGAAACCCAGUCAACAUCAGGAGAGAACCGCGACGCAACUCUGAAGAUUGAUUGCUUUAUAAUUUUUGGAACUGUUUACAUAGAUUUUAAUAUACGUUUACCUGCUGUUCCAUCAGUUCGCGUGCAGGUCGUUUUUAUGGGGAACACCACUAUUGAGCAUACAGUGUAGCAUAGCACCAUGCACAUUAACGCCUUAACCUGUGUACUUGCUUUAGGUUCUGUGGAGUCCGUUUGUCCAUUAUAAAAGGACAGAAUGAGUUUUACAUUAAAAACUUGGCCAAGUGAGCAUAUUUAGAGGUUUAGUCAGUAGGUGGAUGCACUUUAGGAGUGGUUUGUGAGAUAUAUUUAGAUUUAUUCAGCAGAAAUAUAGGAAUUACAACAUUUUUUUUUUAGAUUUUUAAAUUCUUUUAAAACAUUUAUUGGCUCAGUUUACAGUUGUAUAUAGAUUACAAUAUUACAGUAGAAUACCUAAAGAAUGGAAGAUGGAGACAUCUAAACAAGCUUUUUGAGGUUAAGUCUCUGUUGUAAUAUAACUUUGCAAAUGUGGGGGAAAAAAGUUUUAGUCCUAGCAAAAAGAAAAAUGUGUUUGUGAACAUUUGAGCACAGAUUAGUACAUUUUUAACGAAUUGCCUAGACUUAUAAUUCCUAGUUCAAAAAUAAUCUUCACAGUUUUACAAAAAGUGGCACAGGCUUCAUGGUUCUUGUAUAAAACAUUUAAAAGUUCAUAAUAACAGGAUAUGUCAUUUUGUUUUAAAAUUUUUAUGUUGUGUCUAGGCAUGGGCCGGUCUCUCAUUUUAAGGAACGUCAUUUUAAAAACCUUUCCUUUUCAAUUAUGUCCAAUCUCGUAGCUCACAACAGUUAGUUAUAUUUCUAUAUUUGAAAUUCUAUAUUUGAAAUUGAGAAAUAUGUAAAAUAAUAUGUUAAAAAAUAGCACAAGGCAGAGAAGAAUGCAACAGAAAGUUACCUAAUAAUAAACUUUAGAAAUGCCAAACUCAAACAAUGCAAUUGGCACCAUGCAACAAUACAAUACAAGACAACUGGCACAAAGGGCACAGUAGCACCAGUCUCGUUUUUCAAAGUUCAUAAAGUGAAAAUGUAUGUGAAAAUUUAUCUAGUGAGUUAGAGAAAGUCAGUAGAAAUGUUGCCUGUAAGCAGAACCUUGGACCCCUAAUAAACUGAUGCCCUCUGGAGAUUAUUUAAAAGCUGUAGCACUUUUUUUUUUUUUGCAUCAUUCAGUUCCAAUUUCUACUCUGGUUCAGAAGAAUACUGGUAUUCACAGGUAUGCAUCAACACGUUCUUCCCAAAAACUUUGAUCAGAAUAGUCUACUGUAAAUUAGCAAGUCAUGCAGCAAUAGUGGAGGUCUACUUCCCUCCAAAUAUUGAGUCAGUGUUUCACCUACACUACAGUUAUGUAAAUGUAUUAACAGAGGAUACGAAAAAAAAAAUUAAAUAAAAAAAAUCUGUAUCUUAUUUGAUAAACUUUAUAUUCACAAAAACAUCUCUGAUAGGCUCAAUGGUCUGGCUGUUUACUCCCUGCUUAAGCUAUCUGCUCGACCUGUGGCAUGAACUGUGUUGUGUUGUCCUCCCUCAGGUUUGGGUUUUUUCCAGUUGUUAUGAAACAAUUGAAAUAUGGGAAUCCAAGAUUUUCACUGUGUCACAUUUAAGGUAAAAACUGUUUUCAGCCAGCUCACUUCUAUGGAGCUCAUUCAUGUUUGCUACAUGGAUGAUCUAUUUUGCAAAAGUAUACCCCCAUCAUUAUUUUUCUGUGUUGCUAAUAAGGUGUCAUUUUCAUUCAAGAAAAGCAUAUAUUAUUUUAUUUCAUGCUUUCAGUGUUAAAAAUUUGCAAUUAAGAUAUCAUAUUUACAUCUUAAAUAUGAUAUUUUCCAAUUAAUACAUUAUAAUUUUGGAAAACCCUUGAUUUGGGAAGUGAACAUUUGUAUCAUACAGUGUUUUCUCUUGUUAUGUUUGACCACCUAGUGACUAAGAAAAGGAAACCUUAAAACUUCUACUCUAAUAACUUUAGGAAUCACCUUGUACAUCAGUGAAAUAAACCACAUACUGUGAAGCUGGCAACAUUACUUUACAAAAAGCCAAAGAUAAAAUAUACAUAUUAAUCGCAACGACAACAUUUUGUGCAAAUUUAUGUAAAAUUUUAGCUUCUUUACCUUUUGUAAUUUUUUUUUACAAAUACUUCAGAACUGGCUUAGCUCCCUAAUGUUUAACGCGACACAAAGAUAAAUGUCAGUUGAAUGCUUGAGAUUCAAUUUGAAUUUAAAACUGAAAUAUAUAAAUAUGAAUAAAAAAUGAAUAUAUAAAUUGGUUGAAAAUUCCCUUAAUGACCUAAUUACACCAAAGAUACUGUUCUUUAGACUGUGUGUUCAUCAAAAUACUUGAUAUAUUGAAAGAUUAAUAUAGCAUUUUCAUACUUAAGGUAUGCUUUUAAAUCAAAGUCAGAUUAGAUCAGACAUUUUUAUGAGUUUGUUUUAAACAUUAGUUUUAAUCCCAUGAUUAAGUAUUUCUGCCCAAGUAAAUUGUACCGUCAGAUUCUCACACCGGCCCAUGCCUACUACCACUGCAUCCAGCACCGUACUUAAGAGCCAGUAAAACACAAAGUGCACGCUUUGUUAUGAAAAGAAACAUGAACAAAUGUGUCUUAUACACGCUGCUGUUUAUAUGCUCAAAGGUAUGUCAAACAAUAGCACAUGUGCGGAGCAUGUAGUGUAUACAUAUGGACAUUCUGGUCGGUCGGUAGGCCUGAUACAGGCUGAAAUAAAGAUCUGCAGACAAUCUACACAGUUUGGGGAUUUCUGAGGAGAUUACAUAUCCUUAAAUGAAAUUUUAUUUUUAGCAGUUUUGAUCUCUGAUUAAUCAAAUAUUCCUUUUUUUUUUUUUUUUUUUUUUUUAAAACACAUAAUUUCAACCACUUACAACCACAUUGUAAGGGCUAUACUAUCCUAACAUAAGUUUACCAGUUUUGAAUGGCCCUUGGGAAAAUUUCAAACGGGGUAGAAGCACCGAGCUUUAACAUUUCCUGCUAACUCAAGAGUUUAAAAAAAAACAAAAAACAGAAAGAGAUUCAGUUAUGUAUUUGCCAAAGUUUUGAUUAUUGGUUAUUUUAUUUUAUGACUGUCUCACUUAUUUUAUAAGGCUUGUACUGUAAUUAUAUUGUUACCAAACUGUUGAAGUGUUCGACUGUGGUUAUGUUAAGAGAAAAUGUGCUAUCUUUGCUAAAAAGUCUAAAAGAGUCCUCCUACAAAAAAUAUAUCGGAAUGCCAGUUUAAGAGUAUAUUUGAAUGUGUCCAUAUGGAAGCCAGUAAAUGGUAUUAUUAUGUAUUAUGUUAUGUAACUUGAAUGACUUUUAACAACUUACAUGUUUGCAACUUAUAGUUGACAUACUGGUAAUGAAUGUUUCUAUGGUAUUCUUUUUAUUGUCAGGACUGAUGUACCUGUUUAGAGAUUUAUAUUUUCAUAAAUGUUGUACUUACAUUUUGUUACAGAGUUGUUUAACUGUAAAUAAAACAGAAAAGAAACUUAUGUCUGAAGCAAUAUGAACCUAGUGUGUAUGCAUUGUUUGUAUGAAACAUUUUACUGUAAUAAAAUGGUUCACUUUUUGCCUCCACA